AUGAAAGUAGAAGCCUCAGUCUCCGGCUUUCGUGUCAAAGAGACUGUGAAAGAAACAAGGACGGAGAAUGAAAGAAAAUCACGUCAACCAGAUACAUACUGGUCUUGGAUUGUGUGCGUAGUUGGAGUGGUUUCUUUGAUCAUUGUUUUAGGGUGUUCGUACUGCUUUGGUAUUAUAUUUCCUUUUCUCCUCGACGAGUUUAACGAAGGAAAAUCAAAUACUGGUGAGUAGUAUAGGGUCAGCUUUCAUAAACACUAUUCCUCUAGUACACAUUGAUUGAGUCGUACAAAGGGAAAAAGCGCCCGGAGCUGGAGGCCCCCCCCCCCUUCCCCCACGCCGCGACCUAGCGAAGGGUGAACCACUAAAAUUGAAAAAGAGGCCCUAGUUGAUACAGUGAACUAGGAGAAAGCUGUUCCUUAUUAAGGAAGCUCAUUGGGCUCAAUAAGGCUGAUAUUGAAUCCUGAGUUAAUGGUUAAAAUUGGGAACCGCGAAGGGUGGAUACAUAGUUGAUGCGCUUCGAGUUUAGGACUGAGUAUAAAACCAUAAAACGCUCCGGUGAGAACUGGGUCUCUCAUGCGCUCUCCACAUGCACUUUGAUAGGCUCCUCCGUCGGAGCUUCGAGUUGAUAAGCCAAACGCAGAAAUAAAAUUGUUAAGUAAGCAUAUUAAUUUUUUGAGAGGGGGUCAGUAAGGUUGACCGUUAGCUGUAAAACUGCAAACGAAAAAUUUUAACCGUUAGUCGUAAAAAGAGUUAACCGUAAAAAUUUUCCCUUUUCACCAUGGAAAAAAAUUAACCAUCCCCGUCCAUGAACCAUCCCCAUGCAAUGAGGCCCUCUUGAGAGCAUUCACAAAUUUCCCAAGAAGAUAAAAAGUCAAAGCAUGCUUGUUUGUGGCAGAGGGAAUGAAAUGACAAAGGCAGCCUAAUUAUGAAAGUUAAAUUCUUCCCUCGUGCAUUUCACGCGGUGGUCCAGUGCAUAAAGUGCUAGUAUACGACGAAUUAAGAAUGUAAAAUAUAUCUUAUUUCAGCAUGGGUAGGAUCAUUAGCGAUGGCAGCCACUGGCCUCUUCGGUCCUGUUGCUGGAAGGCUGACAGACUGUUUUGGCGCACGUGCAGUGGUUAUUUGUGGAUCACUGAUGAGCGCAGCUGGACUCAUGCUGACGUCGCUAGUUCCCAAUCUUUAUCUAAUGCUUCUUACGUACGGUGGAAUAUCUGGAUUUGGUUCAAGCCUUAUUUACAUCUCAAUCUUCGAGAUCGUCCCUCGAUAUUUCAUCAAACAUCGUUCGCUAGCUACAGGCUUAAUAACAAUGAGUACGGGGGCUUCAUUAGUUGUUAUGGGCCCUGUGUGUCAAGCACUUGUUGAUCUCUUCGGUUGGAGGGGUGCAUUUAGAGGCAUGAGUUGUUUUGUUUCCAUAAUUUUUUUUAUUGCUUGGACUCUGGAUCCCAACGUUGCCAAUGAAGAAGCCGAAGUAGCAGUCGAGGAAACUCAACCAUUCAAAUCGCGGCAAACAUGCAGAAUUCUGGAUUUUUCGAUGUGGGGAAAUGUUACAUAUAUAGUGCUUAAUGUCACGAGUUUUUUUGUCUUUAUCGGCCAUACCAUCCCUACAGUACAUUUCGUAAGUAGUUCACAGAUUAUUCUUGUUUUAUCGAAAUCGUUCAUUAGCUGCAAUAGGGGGCCGAGACAGGCCUAAACUUCACUCAACGCUGGCUUGGAGUUUUCCAUUUGCGUUUUAGAAGAGCUCUGGACACAUAGCAACGCCGUGGAGACGUCAACUUCGUCUCCAGGCUCUUUUUCCCCUCGCUUGAAGGCGGUCAAACAAGGGUGAAAAGGGCUGGAAACGAGGUUGUGGAAACUUUAAUGGGAUUCCUUCGGAACCAAAAUUAGUGUUUCUCGAAAAGAGAUGUUCCACUGAUGAGGGUAAAUGCGUAUUGUUAAACGAUAAAAAUACAACUAUAUUUAAUCUGAAAUAUCGUAAGAGUUUCCUUAUAUUGGUGUUCGGGAAAGGAAUGGAAAUAUUAUAUUUCUUUAAACCAUUCCUGCAAAAAAAUUAUGAAAAGGCACUAUCUCGCAAUUAGAAAAGGCACUAUCUCGCAAUUAGAUAGUGUGAACGCCCCUUCUUCUCCAACUUUUGUAAUCAUGAUGUUGCUAUGUAACGGUCUUCUAAGGCAAUUUUCUCUUAAGAUACCCCUCCAGAUGUGAAUAAUAUUCUGUCAAUAGAUUAGUUAUGAUUUUUAUAUUACCAAUCUCGUUUCUGUUACGGCCGAUCUCAACUGUAGGAAUAAGAAAUUUAAUGUAGUAAGCAGGAACUGUCAUACGUAAUCUAACAUGAUUCGCUGGCCGAAAUGGAACGAUGACGAUACAAGAAGAUUGACAGCUUAGUAUGCGCCUUCGAGUCAUUUGCGCAGUUACAAAAUCAAUUUCCACAUUAAAUUUCUUAUUCUUACAGUUGAGAUCGGCCAGAACAGAAACGAGAUUGGUAAUAUAAAAAUCAUAACUGACCUAUUGACAGAAUAUUAUUCACAUCUGAAGAGGUAUCUUAAGAGAAAAUUGCUCUAGAAGACCGUUACAUAGCAACAUCAUGAUUACAAAAGUUGGAGAAGAGGGGGCGUUCACAAGUACCGCCCCCAAGUUGCUACGUGCUAGUCAUAAUAACUAUCUAAUUGCGAAACAUGAAGGGUAUCACAUGUUUACACCUUUAAGAACGAGAGGUGUCGAACGUGACCUUUUACCAGAGAGAUUCACUCUUCCUGGAUUAACAAAUUAACUUAAUUAAUAACAUAGCUUUCCCAAGACACUAUCAUGAGUUUAAUUACCGUAGAAACUGAACAACUGUUUCCAUGUCAACCUCACGAUCAUAAUGAGGAAAACGUGACCAAACUCUACCUUUAAGAUAAGACUCCCAAAAGGAAUAAGAAGUAAUCAACCUGCCUUUUUAUAAUUUUUUUGCAGGAAUGGUUUAAAGUAAUAUAAUAUUUCCAUUCCUUUCCCCAACACCAAUAUAGGGAAACCCUUAUGAUAUUUCAGAUUAAAUACAGUUGUAUUUUUAUCGUUUAACAGUAUCUCUAAAACAAAAUCAGUCUGAACUAUAGAUCUUCUUUAAUGACGUUAGACCUGUACCGAUUUUACUCGUAAAAUGCUGGAAAGUUGCUCACUUGAAUGCCAAAAACUUGCUGAAAAAUUGCCAAAAAUCCAAAAGAUUAUUUCCUGAAUUUAAAAAGUUGCUACCUAAAUUUCUUGAUAUCUUUAUAUAAACGUUAAUUAGUCACAACCUCGCGUACAGUUGAAAUUUUUUGGUUGUCCACAAUAAUUGCUAAACAUCUGUGAAUAAAAAUAGCUUGAAAUUUUCCUUUAAAGAGUCGCUCGCUCGCAAAUAUGAGCGAAAUUUAAAGAUACUUAACACUAAAGGAACAAAUCAAAAGGUUCACUUGACGUCUUGUCGAACGUCAAUUUAGCCAAUUAUCCGUUAUGAUAUUAGAUACAGAUCGCAAAAGGCUUGCGAAACGUUGACAAGUGACAGGUUAUCGGUUAGUUUUUCAUGAAAUUGUUGACUUUUUCAAGCUUGAUAUGCCUUUGAAAGCAAUGAUUUACCCAAGAAUUAUUUAGAAAGGCAAAAAUUGCUCGAAGUUACUAGAACCGCAAAAAUUGCUCCAAGUGCUAAAAGUUUCCGGGCACAAUCGGGACAAGCCUAAUGACACAGUGUGAGCCUGCAUAAUUUGAUUGUCCCGGUAGAAAGAUUCCAUUGCUGUUAAGCCAGGGAAAUAUGCUAGAAAAAAUAGUCUUACACCACCACCUAACGACUGCUAAACUAUUUCUUUGAAUUUCUCAGGGCAGGUACAGUGAGGACCUCGGUGUCACCAAAAAUUUAAUGACAUGGCUUUACUCUUGCAUUGGACUCUCAUCUCUUCUAACCAGAAUACUGGGGUCCAAGCUUUGUGACAUCAUCGGUCCUCAUAGAGUGCUGCUCGUAUUUGGAACAGUUGGUGCAGUGGCUAAUUCUGUUUUGCUACCCCUAGCUACUAACUGGACGUGGCUACUUUGUUUCACUAUAGUCUAUGGCCUUGCUGAUGGUCUGAUAGCCGUUGGGGCAGUUUUUUCAUCCUUGCAAAUUCUAACACAGAGACAGAAAGCUCAGGGAUUUGGCUUUUAUCAAUUGUGUGUUUGUACGGCGCUUUUGUUUGGUGCACCAAUUGGAGGUAAGUCUAAAAAAUUCGAAUGUGUAAGUUGUUAGGGCAAAAAAACUGAGAAUGAAAAAAAAUGAAUGAAAUAAAGAAGAGAAAAAUAAAGAAAAGAAGGAAAUGACGUUAACCGAAAGAAUGAAUGAAGAAAGAAAGAAAUGAAUGAAGGAACGAAUUCACAAACAAACGAACUUAUGAACCGACGAACAAACGAGCGAACGAAGUUAAAACGAGCGAACGAAGGUACAAACGAGCGAACGAAGGUACAAACGAGCGAACGAAGGUACAAACGAACGAACAAGGGGGCAAACGAAGUUAAUUGAAAACGAACGAACAAACGUGCGGACGAAGUUACAAAAAACCGAACAAAAGAAAGCACUCGACUGAGUGAUUCCACCAUUUGCUAAAUCUCCACAUGGACUUAGAUUCUUGUCCUUGUCCCACGGCCACAGUAAGAGAUUAAAAGAUUUACGAAAUCCAGGCUGAACGUCCUCUCAUAGGGAUAGAAAAUGAUAAUAAUAAAAUUUUUUGACUCAAUCGUUAAAACGUGAAGAGAGAGAACAGAAUAUUAAAAAUAAAAUUGGUUGUUGGUGUUGCUCGUGUAUCUCUGGUAUCCUUCCUAAUGAAAACUCCAAACUGAAGGAAUAAGGAAACAAAAUAAUCCUAAAGGCAAAAAGAGACGGCGUUGUUCCGUUGUACGUUUGAGCUAGGUAGCAUUGCAGUUCUAAAUCUUGUUGUUUUUGAAAACGUCUACUUUAGUUUGUUUUUAAAUGCACACAGAAAUAAGCCCCUCAGGAACAUUAAAACGACCGAUUCUAAAUGUUCUUAAUAGACUAUUUAUUCUCUUGAUUGUAUUUCCAGGUUUAGUGGCUGACAAGACCAACUCGUAUCCUACUGCUUUCUUGUGUGCAGGUGGAAUCGAGGCUGUAGGAGUCUUGAUUAUGCUUAUAUUUAUUUGUGUGAGGAGAGUCGAAUUCUCGCAGACGAAAAUCCAGACUGACUCAGAGAACUCAUCUUCAACUGCGCUGCUAGUGAUAGAAAAGGAAACUGUCUUGUAA